CACAGAUAUAAUGAGCACAAGUAUACUGAGCACAUAUAAAGAGGAAGCUUCCACAGUCUCAGGAAUUGGAACACAAGAUAUGGCCCCAGGUUUACUGAGCACAGAGGUAGAAGAAAGUAAAAUUUCAACUGCAAGUCCAGAUAUUCCCCCAAAUUACACAGCAGCCUCCUCCUCCCUGGACCAGUUAACGUCUACCUCAGAAAUUUCUGCUAUUAGAGGAAAAGAGCUUGUUGUGUUCUUCAGCCUUAGGGUGACUAAUAUGCCAUUUUCUGAAGACCUGUUCAAUAAAAGUUCCCCAGAAUACAAAACACUUGAACAUCAGUUCCUGCAUCUGCUGCUCCCGUAUCUGCAGUCC